CGGCUGCACGUGAGAUCGAAGCACCCGGUUACUGUUUCCGCCUUCGAGAGCGGAGUGACGUCGCUCUGCCCCUCUGAGUCUCUAUGGUGAAGCCCUUCUACGCUUUCAUAAGAGCGGGAAAGCGAGUUCCGAUACUGGGCCGGAAGUGCCUAAAUCAUAGCGGCGGACUUUGGCUUCCCGCCCCCUCUUCGCAAGAUGCCGUUGUUGUGCCGGAGAGGAAGUGGCGGUGCGGGUGCCGGUUGCUCGUGACUGGGCCUGUUAGGCUGAGGCCUUCGCUAGGCCGGGCGACGCGUCCUGAGGAGUCUGCGGGGGGAGUGCUUAUAAGACUAGAGAACGCUAUGGUCUGUGCUGCUGUUUUUGCUAUUCCUCUGUUGCUGAGAAGUACUGCUGGAGUUCUUCCCAUUUGUUCUUCUAUCUUACAUCUGAAACAUGCGGCGCUAUGUUAUUGCACAGUAAAUGGCAACAUGAAAUCAAAAAGAAAGCCAGAUCAUCUGGAGAGAACAGCACAUGACUUUCGACAGGAGAUCAUUUCCAAAGCAAAAGUGUGUGGAAUCACCAGCGAAUCUGAAACAGUUAAACGGCUCCGUCUGGCAGUCACAGAUAAAGAAUUUACUUUUAAAGCAGGACAAUGGGUAGACUUCUUUAUACCUGGAGUUGCUGUAGUUGGUGGAUUCUCAAUAUGUUCAAGUCCUGGUCUGCUGCAGCAAGAGGGAGUUUUGGAACUAGCAGUGAAGCAAACCACACACCCUCCUGCUCAUUGGGUUCACACUCAGUGUACACUUGGCUCAGAGGUGGCCUUGCGAGUGGGAGGCAACUUCUUCUUUGAUCCUCAACCUGCUGAUGCCCCUGCAAACCUCGUGCUCGUAGCCGGAGGAGUCGGAAUUAACCCCUUAUUUUCUAUACUGCUCCAUGUCGCAGACCUUCAAAGAACGCGAGAGAACAAAGGAUCUGGCUACAAAAUGGGAACGGCAAAUCUGUUCUAUUGUGCAAAAAACACUCACGAGCUGCUCUUUAGGAAACAUAUCCUUGGUUUGACGAACACAUUUCCUGGAAGAAUCACAUGCAGUUUCCAUGUUACCAAGCAGAGUUCACCAAUCUGUGAAAAUCUUCAGCCUUACAUCAAGGAAGGAAGAAUAUCUGCAGAUGAUCUAGAAAAACAUAUAUCCACAGAUACUUUGUGGUAUAUCUGUGGUCCGCCUGCAAUGAUUGAAUCCAUCUCCAAAGUGCUAGCAAACCUUGGUGUGACUCAAGAUAAAAUUUUCUUUGAAAAGUGGUGGUAGCCCACAGCAGUUCUUCAGCGAAAAUUAAAAAGAGCGAAAAUGAAGCGUGCGCGCACACACACACAUAUAUAUAUAUAUACAUAUACUAUAAUAUAUACACACUGAUGAAUGCUGAGAGUUUGCAGAAAAUGUUCUUUUCCCUUUGCCCCAAUGAGAUCUUUAUCUAUGAAAUUAUGUUAACUUAUUAUAAACCUGGCCAGCCUAUCUUUACAAAAUGUACUGUGUUUAUUUUUUUAUCAUGACAAACUGGUGUGUGAGAGAGUGAACCUCUAAAAAUAAAUUAUAUAUUUCCUUA